CUCCAAACAUACAUCUUUGACUUCCUCGCCACCACAUCAAUCUACCCAUCUGCAUAUAUCAGCUCCUCGCUACCAACUUCACUCUUGCCAUCGCACUUCCCCAAUGUCGGCGCCGAAUUCAUUAACUGUGGAGGCACCAACAUUUACCUCCACCGGAGGCGCAGGCGCACCCGAUAAGCGGCCUGCAGCCAACGGCCAAAGCGACGACGACGACGAUGUCCCUCUGUCCAGGACGAAGCUAGUGUCGAACGGCAAGCGUGGCGGCGCUGCUGCAUCGAGCGACGAGGAUGAGCGCCCUCUGAGCAAGAAGCCCCGCGUGUCGUCUGCGCCGUCCAAGAAGCGCCGUAUUGUCGAGAGCGACGACGACGAGAGUGAUGCUGGACCUUCCUCGCCGGUGGAGCCAAAAACAAACGGCAGCUCAAAGCCUGCACGACCCGCCGACUCCGAGUCAGAAGACGAGAAGCCUCUGGCCAAGAAGCGUGCCGCACCGCGUUCAAGCAACGGCAGCUCCAAGCCCCCAUCAAAGCGCGCGGCUGCUGCGAAGCCGCCUGUCCACGACGACUCGAGCGAAGAGGAUGAGAAGCCCCUCGCCAAGGGCCGGAAGCCGACGUCGUCAUCCAAGCCCGCCGCGAAGCCCGCCGCGCCUAGGAGGAGCUCGGGUGCGGCCUCAAAGGUCAAGCCCGAGCCUGAGAGCAGCGAGGACGACAAGCCGUUGGCGAAGAAGGCGACCAAGGGCAAGGCCGCGCCAGCCAAGACCGCUGUGAAGAAGGAGGUCGUCAAGAAGGAGAAGAAGCCGAAGACUGAGGGCGGCGCCGUACUAACCAUUGAGCAGUACAAGUGGUGGGAGCAAGGAGAAGGAGAUGGGUCUGUCAAGUGGACGACCCUGCAGCACAACGGUGUGCUGUUCCCUCCGCCCUACGUCCCGCUGCCCAAGAGCGUCAGGAUGAAGUACGAUGGUGUCCCUCUCACUCUUCCACCAGAGUCGGAAGAGGUGGCUGGCUUCUUCGGCGCAAUGCUGGAGACCGACCAUGCCAAGGACAAGACCUUCAUCGAGAACUUCUUCAAGGACUUCAAGGGCGUUGUUGCACAGUACCCUCCUAAGGAGAAUGUCAAGGUCACCAAGUUUGACAAGUGUGACUUCCGCCCCAUGUACGACUACUUUGAGAGUGAGCGCGAGAAGAAAAAGUCCAUGACCAAGGACGAGAAGAAGGCUGUCAAGGACGCCAAAGACAAGCUCGAGGAGCCCUACCUGUACGCCCUUGUCGAUGGCCGCAAGGAGAAGCUUGGCAACUUCCGUGCCGAGCCUCCUGGACUGUUCCGUGGUCGUGGAGAGCACCCCAAGAAGGGUACAUGGAAGCACCGCCUGCGCCCCGAGGACAUCAUCAUCAACAUUGGCAAGGACGCGCCUGUCCCUAUCCCCAACGUGCCCGGCAAGUGGAGGGGUGUGCAGCACGACAACAUUGUCACGUGGCUGGCCCACUGGAAGGAGAACGUCAACGGCCAGUCCAAGUAUGUCUUCCUCUCUGCCGCCAGUUCUUGGAAGGGUCAGAGUGACCGCUCCAAGUUUGAGAAGGCCCGUGAGCUCAUCAAACACGUCGACCGCAUCCGUAGCGACUACACCGUCGACCUCAAGUCCAAGAUCAUGGCCGACCGCCAGCGUGCCACUGCCCUGUACUUUGUUGACCGCUUGGCACUCCGUGCUGGUAACGAGAAGGGCGAGGACGAGGCCGACACUGUUGGUUGUUGCUCGCUCCGAUUCGAGCACGUCACCCUCAAGCCGCCUAACAAGGUCAUCUUCGACUUCCUGGGUAAGGACUCGAUGAGGUUCCACCAGGAAGUAGACGUCGAUGCCCAGGUGUUCAAGAACAUCAAGAUCUUCAAGGCUGAGCCGAAGAAGACUGGCGAUGACUUGUUUGACCGCUUGAACACUACCUUGCUCAACCGCUACCUUCAAGAACAAAUGAAGGGACUAACGGCCAAGGUGUUCCGUACAUACAACGCUUCGUGGACCUUCCAGGAGCAGCUGAAGAACACGCCGAGGAACGGUACUGUCGCCGAGAAGAUUGCCGCCUACAACACUGCGAACCGCGACGUUGCCAUCCUCUGUAACCAUCAGAAGACUGUUAGCAAGGGCUUUGAGGAGUCCAAGGCCAAGGCCGAAGACAAGAUUCGCGCGGUCAAGUACCAGCGCAUGAAGCUUCGCCUGCAGCUGUUCACUCUCAACCCCAAGGCCAAGAAGAAGCACCCCGAGCUGGCCGACGACGAGUCGGACAUGGACGAAGAUUUUAUUGAGCGCCAUGAGAUCGCCUUGAAGGAGAAGGCGAUUGACACGGCGACCAAGAAGUUUGAGAAGGACAACGUGAAGCUGAAGGAGCAAAAGGAGAAGCCCAAGCCUCAGUCCGAGCUGAAGGAGCGCCUCAAGGACAUUGAGGUCGAGUUCAAGGAGCUCGCGAAGGAGAGGAAGUCUCGCAAGGUGGAGCCCAAGGGAAAUGCCACUGAGGAGAAGCUGCUCGAGCAGAUCUCCAAGAUUGACGAGCGCAUUGCGACCCAGAAGGUCCAGCUGGGCGACCGUGACAAGCUCAAGGACGUCGCGUUGGGUACUUCCAAGAUCAACUACAUUGACCCUCGCCUUACUGUGGCCUGGGCGAAGAAGUAUGAAGUGCCUCUGGAGAAGCUGUUCUCAAAGACACUUCGCGAGAAGUUCCCAUGGGCUGAGGCCGAGGCCGAUGAGGACUGGAUCUUCUAAGCGCAUUCGACAUGUGCCUUGGAUUGUAUAGGCAUAAGAGUGGAGAGGCAGACGCACUGUCGUUGCACUCGUGUGGUGGUUUAGUGCGUGUCUCGCCUCUGCGUCAUCACCACAAUCGUAUUAGUAUCCCUCCUGUAGUCGUGGCAUUUUUUCAUUAGCAUGGAUCAGAAGUGAUUUGUCGAGGAAUA